AUGGUCAAAACACUUCAAACAUGCAAGAAGUCCACCGGCGGUACUGCUCCUCGCAUCAUGUUGAAGCUACCACACUCAACACUAGAGGCUCCUGCAAUGCAGGAGAUGGAAGUGUGUGAUCCCUUCCGGCACAAUGAGUUCUGUAUCGUGUGCCGUGACGGUUCUGUCGAUGAAGAUCGCCUCUUCCUGUGCAACGCGUGCCCGAGGGUUAUGUGCUCUCAUUGCAUAGAUAUCCCCUCAGGCGCCGCGCACCAGCUAGAGGCUGACGACGUCACCUUCCUAUGCGUCUAUUGCCAUGUAGGAAAGGAGCGGCAUGGACGCGGAGGAUACUCACCUUACUUUGGUUUUUACCGCAAUGACAAGCCGUUGUUCCCCUCCUUCCUCCCCAUCCGCGCCACACUGGAGGUCUCCCUUCACUCGCAACUAUCUUCUACGCCGGUACUGAUGCUCCAUCUCAUCCUCGUCGACCAUGACACGACCGGCGGUUCCUUUGAACUUACUGCCGACUUCCUUCGUCCUUACUUUCCCAGCGGUGGACUCGAGUUCCAAGCUGUUACCUUCGACAUUGGCAAUGAUACGAAGAUCGCAAAGUAUCAGUCAGAUGCAGCUCGCACCGUCCAGUCGCUGUUGAAGUCCACCUGGACUCGUGUAGUUAUCGCUAUCACCAACCAUACAGAUAACGAUGAAGGUGAUCUGUUCGUGGGGUACGAAACUAAGAAGAAGAGUUAUGUUUCUGCGCGUGUUCACACAGUUUUGGACAUUCUCCUUUCACCUUGGGACCCAUUGAUUCGUGGCGCCGCAGAAUCUUACCUUUGGCUGUUGUCUUGUGGUGCGCUGAUCAACAAACCAACUUCGUUUGCAUGCCUGCAAGCGGCGGUUAUCAAUCAUCGCAUGACUGCCACUAUUGGCUUCAACGCCGUUCGCUUCCAACCCACCUUCGCAACUCACCUUCUUCUGGCCUUCGCAGAACUUGUUCUGAUUGAGUGCUUCGCCAUUCAGGUCGCAUUCCCCGAUAUGUUGGGACAAUCCUACAAAUUGGGGCGCCAUAGCGACGUGUUCUUGAUGAUGCCGAAUAGCAGUGGCUCAUUAACUGUUACCCGGUACGCCUGGACUCAUACUGAACUCUGCCCAUGGGGGCAAUACUUGCCAGUUCAGUGCCCCCAGUGUGGCUGGAUCAAUGCUUGGCGUUCUGUCAAUGUGGGCAAGGUGUACCACUUUGAAUGCAAGAAUGAUGCUUGCAGGAAAGGGUUCUCAUUCUCCCAACCAGCUAAUUCAAGGGUGCUUCUUCCUGGUAAGCGGCCUGGUUCUUGUUGGAUUUCCAUUCCCUUGGAACCCACACCCAGUACUCCUGCUGAGGACGACUUUGAAUAG